AUGCCAAAGCGAAAGGGAUUGGCAGCGGCUGCUCCAGCACCUGCCCCUCCGGCAGCUGGCGCUUCAGGAGGGUUCUCGUUCGGUUCAUCAUCAGCUACGCCGGCAUUUGGUGGCUUUGGAGCCAGUUCAUCUGCUGGUGCUGCUGCUCCGGCUUCCUCUUCGCCUUUUGGAGGGUUCUCCUUCGGCAAGCCUGCUUCGAGUGAUGCUCAGCCAUCCGCAUCCUCGUCUACCCCUGCCCCGUCGGCUCCUUUCGGUGGAUUCUCUUUCGGAGCGAAGCCAGCGGACUCGUCGAAAGACACACCGGCGGCGGCACCCGCUCCUGCGGCCCCCAAGCCGGCGUUCGGCGGAUUCUCGUUUGGACAGAAGAAUGGCGAGUCAUCAACUGCGUCCACCUCGACUCCUGCUGCGCCGGCAGCCGAGUCUUCUUCCUCUGGUGCCUCGUCCGCUCCCCCGAAGCCAUUCGGUGGAUUCUCGUUCGGUGCGCCAAAGACGACACCGGCUGCGACUCAGCGAGUACCGGCGUCAAAGGGGCCUGCCCCCGCUGCUCCCGCGGCCUCCAUCGCGCGCGCUACCUCAGGCUCUGGCCCAUCCCAGCAGAAGCCUCCUGACUCGCGUGAAGUGUCCUACUACACCUCGCUCCGUGGCUUGAACGCGUCCUUCCUUUCGUUCUUAUCCAACUCUCUGAACACGAACGAGUUCUUGGAUCUGACGACGGUCGUGCCGGAUCUGCUGUCGCAGUAUGAGAAGUACCUUCAGGAUGCGGAAAAGAAGGCGGGAUGGAAGCCGGAACCUGCCCCUGCGGUGACCAAGUCCAACGGCGGCUCUCUGGCCGCGCCGUCAACGUCCGCCGCCAAGCCUCCUUCCUUCUCCGCCCCUGCUCCCCAGACGACGGCGCCUGCGGCCACUGCCCCUGCAGCGACGCCGAAGAAGUCCUCGGACGCUGUGAACAAGAUCGUCGCCGACGUUCUUGCUGAGGACGACAAGAUGGAGGGAGAGAAGAAGGAUGACGACAAGAAGGACGAGAAGAAAGAUGAGACGCCGAAAUUCUCGUUCGGCUCCAAGCCCGCUUCCGGUGGGCUCUUCUCCUUUGCCCCAUCUGGACCGCUGGCUGCGACGACGCCAGAGAGCAAGAAGUUCACCUCUACAUCGACCGAGCCUCCAGCCAAGCUUGGCAAGUUUGGACCUGACGGCACGACGCCUCAGCUGCCCUUCGGCGGAGCAAAGGGUUCGUCAAGCCCCGCGCCGGCUUCGAAGGGAUUCAGCUUUGGUGCUUCUUCGUCGUCUUCGCCAUCGUUCAGCUUCGGGGCGUCCGGAUCACCUACAAAGGAGAAGGAGGGAGCCUCCUCGUCGGCGCCGUCCUUCUCCUUUGGCACUUCCCCGUCAAAGACCGAUGACGCCGGCAAGUCUGCGCCUUCCUUCUCCUUUGGCAGUACCUCCACUCCUUCGGGAGACUCUGGAGCGUCAAAACCUGCCUUCUCGUUUGGAACGACCUCGGCCCAACCUGCCGCUGGAGCCGCCAAGCCGUUCUCCUUUGGAUCCACCGCCCCCUCUUCUUCUGGCUUCUCCUUUGGGGCUCCGGCGUCUUCUGCCUCGACGCCGGCGGCCUCCUCCUCAACAACACCGGCACCUGCCGAGGGUGAGGCGCAGGAUGCCGAGCCGUCGAAGAACCUGGCCGAGGCGAGCGGAGCGGGUGAGGAGGACGAGGAGACGGUGAAGGAGCAGCGCGGCAAGCUGCACAAGCUCGAGGACGGAAAGUACACCGUCGUCGGUCUGGGACAGUUCAAGCUGAAGCACAACACGAAGACGGACAAGCGACGUCUCCUGAUGCGUGCCGACGGAAGCGGCGCAGUGGUCUUUAACAUGAUGCUGCACAAGGCGUUCAAGCCGACGGUCGAUGGCAACAACAUCAAGUUCCCCGGCUUCGACAACGAGGGCAACAUGAAGCCAUACCUCCUGAAGGUCAAGACGAAGGAUGUCGCCGAGGAGCUGGCCAAGACGCUGACGGACGAGGCUGCCAAGUGCUAG